GGAACGCUGAAUGCCGUCCUCAAGUCAGAGAAAGACACCGAGACUUUAAUUGUAACACAAAGGUUCUUACGCACAGGACCUGACCACAGAUCAGACCCAGAGAGACUGGGACCACUGGGCUGUCCUGUACCUGGCUCAGAGUAUUUACUUUAUGGUAACCCAAGCCUUAGGAUGGUUCAUUCCCAUCGGGACUCAGGUGACACGUUAGAGACUGGCAAUGAUCUGUCAUGUUCUUACACUACAGAGAUGGACCCUGGCAACAUGCCCUUGGGUUUAGAGACACAGACUGAUCUGUCUAGAGGGGACUGGAACCGGCACAGUAGUAGGGUGUACUCUGAAGGCUGCCUAGAUAAGAAAGGGGAGGUUAUAGUCGAUGAGAGGACUGUCAAAGUGAAGGGCGAGGCUCCUCUGACAUGGAAUGUAGACGAGACUCGCUUAGGAGAUGGACACUCACAGGGCAGAGAUUUCUUAGAUUACAGGGAAAUCUUAGAGACAAAUCCAAAUAUCGCGACCCACUCCCCUUUACACACGUUCAGGGAACGUGACCCAGUGUCCAUGUCGAUGGGGCCUUUCGAUUCACAGAGCCGGGACCUUUUCGAACAGGUUUUGAACUCAAAUUACCAAAGGCCCAAGGUUUUGGGAGGUGGAGCAAAAUCAGGCGAUAGUAAAGAGAAGCAGUUCCUCUGCAUGUUCUGUAACGAAGGCUUCAAUUGCCCACAGAAGGUAGAGAUCCACCAGAGGGUCCACAUAGGGGUGAAACCCUUCAGCUGUACCCAGUGUCAUAUGCACUUUGCUGAGGCUGGCAACCUGAAGAGGCACCAGAAGGUCCACACAGGGGAGAAACCCUUCAGCUGUGUCCAGUGUCACAUGCGCUUCACCCAGGCUGGUGACCUGAAGAGGCACCAGAGGGUCCACACAGGGGAGAAACCCUUCAGCUGUGUCCAGUGUCACAUGCGCUUCACCCAGGCUUGUGACCUGAAGAGGCACCAGAGGGUCCACACAGGGGAGAAACCCUUCAGCUGUACCCAGUGCCACAUGUGCUUCACCCAGGCUGGCAACCUAAAGAUGCACCUGAAGGUCCACACGGGAGAAAGGCCAUUUGCCUGUACGCACUGUGUGAAAAGGUUCUCAGAGAGGAGAUGCCUUAGGAUACACCAGCUGAAAAAACAUUCCACUCUAUAACAUAGAAAGUAACUAUUCCACUCGAUAGCCUCUGGCACUUAGAUCUAACCCUGCAUUAAAGACAAAAAUACAUUUUCAUUAAUGUCAGCAGAUGCGUUUAGAGUAACGAGAGUAACAUAUUUCAGUGUUGAAUAUUCCUGUGUAAAUAUUACAUCCAGACAUUGUGUGAUACAAUGCAUAUGGAAAGUAUUCAGACCCCUUGACUUCUUCCACAUUUUGUUACUUUACAGCCUUAUUCUAAAAUGGAUUAAAUAUAUUUUUUUCCUCAUUAAUCUACACAGAAUACCCCAUAAUGACAAAGCAAAAAUAGUUUUUUUGACUAAAUUUAUAAAAAAUAAACUGAAAUAUCACAUUUACAUAAGUAUUCAGAUCCUUUACUCAGUUCUUUGUCGAAGCACCUUUGGCAGCGAUUACAUCCUUGAGUCUUCCUGGAUAUGACGCUACAAGCUUGGCACACCUGUAUUUGGGGAGAUUAUUCCAUUCUUCUUUACAGAUCCUCAAGUGCUGUAAGGUUGGAUUGGAGUGUCGCUGCACAGCUAUUUUCAGGUCUCUCCAGGGAUGUUCAAUUGGGUUUAAGUCUGGGCUCUGGUUGGGUUACUCAAGGACAUUCAGAGACUUGUCCCGAAGCCACUCUUGGCUGUGUGCUUAGGGUUAUUAUCCUGUUGGAAGGUGAACCUUCGCCCCCAGUCUGAGGACCUGAGCGCUCUGGAGCAGGUUUUCAUCAAGAAUCUCUCUGUACUUUGCUCCGUUCAUAUUUCCCUCGAUCCUGACUAGUCUCCCAGUCCCUGCCUACCGCUGAAAAACAUCCCCACAGCAUGAUGCUUCACAGUAGGGAUUGUGCCAGGUUUCCUCCAGACGUGACACUUGGCAUUCAGGCCAAAGAGUUCAAUCUUGGUUUCAUCAGACCAGAGAAUCUUGUUUCUCAUGGUCAGAGUCCUUUAGGUGCCACUUGGCAAACUCGAAGUGAGCUGUCAUGUGCAUUUUACUGAGGAGUGGCUUCAGUCUGGCCACUCUGCUAUAAAAGCCUGAUUGGUGGAGUGCUGCGGAGAUGGUUGUCCUUCUGGAAGUUUCUCCCACCUCCACAGAGGAACUCUGCUGCUCUGUCACAGCGACCAUCGGGUUCUUGGUCACCUCCCUGACCUCCACUGUGUUCUUGGGAACCUUCAACGCUGCAGACAUUUUUUGGUCCCCUUCCCCAGAUCUGUGCCUCGACACAAUCCUGUCUCGGAGCUCUACGGACAAUUUCUUCGACCUCAUGGCUUGAUUUUUGCUUUGACAUGGACUGUCAACUGUGGGACCUUUAUAUAGACCGGUGUGUGCCUUUCCAAAUCAUGUCUAAUCAAUUGAAUUUACCACAGGUGGACUCCAAUCAAUUUGUAGAAACUUCUCAAGGGUGAUCAAUGGAAACAGGAUGCACCCGUGCUCAAUUUUGAGUCUCAUAGCAAAGGGUCUGAAUUUGCAAACAUUCUAAAAACCUGCUUUUGCUUUGACAUUAUGGGGUGUUGUGUGUAGAUUGAUGAGGGACUUUUUUUUUUUUAAUCAAUUUUAAAAUAAGGCUGAAAUGUAACAAAACGUUGAGGGAUCUGAAUGCUUUCUGAAUGCACUGUAUAUAAGGCAUAUAUAUACUGAACAAAAAUAUAAAUGCAACAUGUAAAGUGUUGGUCCCAUGUUUCAUCAGCUGAAGCUACCAGAACUUUACCAUAUGCACAAAAAGGUAAUUUCUCUCAAAUGUGUUUACAUCCCUGUUAGUGAGUAUUUCUCCUCUGCCAAGAUAACCCAUCCACCUGACAAGUAUGGCAUAUCAAGAAACUGAUUAAACAGCAUGAUCAUUACACAGGUGCACCUUGUACUGGGGACAAUAAAAGGUCAUUUUAAAAUGUGCUGUUUUGUCACACAACACAAUGUCACAGAUGUCUCAAUGCCAGAUACAUUUUUUUGUGUGUAUUUUACCCCACUUUUUCUCACCAAUUUCGAUCUAGUCUCAUUACUUGAAUUCCCCAACUGACUCAGGAGGCGAAGGUUGAGUCCUACGUCCUCUGAAACAUGACCCGCCUAACCGCGCUCCUUAACACCCGCCAGCUUAACCCGGAACCCAGCUGCACCAAUGUGUCGGAGGAAACACUGUUCAACUGUCAGCCUGCAGGCACCCGUUCCACCACAUGGAGUCACUAAAGCACGAUGAGCCAAGUAAAGCCUCCCCGGCCAAACCCUCCCCUAACCCCGACGAAGCUGGGCCAAUUGUUCGCCGUCCUAUGGGACUCCCGCCGGUUUUGGCACAGCCCGGGAAUGAACCUGAGUCUGUAAUAGCACCUUUAGCACUUCUAUCCAGUGCCUUAGACCGCUGCGCCACUCUGGAAGCCCAGAUGUCUCAAGUUUUGAGGGCGCGUGCAAUUGGCAUGCUGACUGCAGGAAUGUCCACCUGAGCUGUUACCAAUUGAAUGUUCACUUCUCUACCAUAAGCUGCCUCAGCGGUUUGCUGAUGUCAUGAUUGUGAACAGAAUGCCCCAUGGUGACGGUGGGCUGAUGGUAUGGGCAGGCAUAAGCUACGGCCAACGAACACAAUUGCAUUUAUCGAUGGCAAUUUGAAUGCACAGAGAUACCAUGAUAAGAUCCUGAGGCCAAUUGUCUUGCCAUUCAUCUGCCGCCAUUUCAGCAUGAUAAUGCACCAGUUUUUCCUUGGCCUGCAUACUCACCAGACAUGUCAACCAUUGAGCAUGUUUGGGAUGUUCUGGAUCGACUUGUACGACAGCGUGUUCCAGUUCUCGCUAAUAUCCAGCAACUUCGCACAGCCAUUGAAGAGCAGUGGGACAACAUUCCACAGGCCUCAGUCAACAAACAGCCUGAUCAACACUAUGUGAAGGAGAUGUGUCAUGCUGCAUGAGGCAAAUGGUGGUCACACCAAAUACAGACAGACUGGUUUUCUGAUCCACACUCUGCUUUUAUUUAAAGAUAUCUUUGACGAACAGAUGCAUAUCUGUAUUCCCAGUCAUGUGAAAUCCAUAGAUUAGGGCCUAAUGAAUUUAUUUCAUUUGACUGAUUUCCUUUUAUGAACUGCUGUGUGCAUAUUUUUAUUCAGUAUAUAAGCUUAAAAUGUCUGUUAUAUAUUGUGUUUGUACUGUGUAGGCUAUAUGUUCACAUCCCUAUUUCAUUACUUCCAUUCAACUGCUUUAUUUCUUUCCCAAGACACUUUUAAUGAGAAAAUUAAUGCAGUUUAUCAAGUUCAUGCGAUUUCUUUGUUGAUGUGUGUGAUUUUCACAUGGUGGAUUUAAAACUUGUUUGUUUAAUAAAUACAAAAUGGGACUUUUCAUUUGGACUUUCAUUGAAUCUCUCUUUAGUAUACAUCACAUUUGAUAUCACCCUAUUCUGCAUACACCCAACAGUGCUUUAUAACCAAUAUACACUUACUAAAUCUACCUACACAUACCCACACAAUAACAAACACCUACUGUACACGUCAACAUAGGUUAGUCAGGUUUGUCUGACUUAUUAUAGCUGACUCAUUCAUCCACAUCAUCAUAUUUUUGUCCAACAUGAUGGGUUUAUCAGCAAUGAAGUCAUUCUGUAACUACAGUAUAGGACUCAAACGUAGUUGGGAUGGGUAAACACUCCAUGUUGAAAGUCUGUUUAUUAUCUGUGUGUACAUACCUGAGGGAGUGUAUGUCUGUGUAAUCU